AUGCUUCUGUACACGAGACUGGCUGCGCCGAAGCAGCCCAAGAGACGGUCAAGAAGCGGUUGCACAUUCUGCAAGGAAAAGAAAAAGAAAUGCGACGAAAGGCGGCCCAAGUGCAGCCGCUGCGAGGAGCAGGGCGCCGACUGCUCGUACGAAAUCGCGAGACCACGGCAACGGAAACGGCGUGAAUCGACGGUACCUGGAAGCCCCUGCAGUUCGCAGCCGAUGAUCCGGCUGUUUUCGCAAGUCAGCCACUCCAGCUAUGAGUCCGAUUUCUACGGUCGAGAUUUCGCUGAGGAUGUCCUUGCGUAUCCCUUCGACUAUCCGAUCACCCCGAGCCCCGUGGAAAGUGUGCUGGGGAGGUUUCCCCCGUCGUCCUUACCCCCAACCGAGAUCUUAGACCAAAACGCAGAUGAUGAGGGAACCAGUUCCCAGCAGCCCCCAACGAGUGUCACGAUAGUUCCGAGGAAGAAAUCCUUAUAUCCUGACCUUGCCAUGAUCGCACCCUGCCCAGUGGCCUCCCCGACCGUGGAGUUUCGCCUCCCCGACUUCUAUGAGUUUUCGGAAAAGCAAAACCGUCGCGCGCUUGUGGAUCAUUUCUGCAACGUCUUAUCACAUCUGAUCGUCUUCCGCGAGGAAACCGGCAACCCAUUUCAGCAACUGGUGCUCCCCCUGACCCGCGGAGACUCGCCAGUGACCUAUGCUAUCUUCGCGCUUGCUUCCGCGCACUUGGAGUAUCGAGGGGUGGAGAACCCGGAAAACUCGCUGUAUUUCCACAAUAUGGCCAUCAGGGGGGUUGCACAGUUGAUACAGCAGAGCAGCGGCGAGGUCAGCCGGAAUGAGAUUCUGGCGGCCAUUAUGCUGCUGGUGUAUUACGAAUGCCUUGUUCAAAAAGGACAAUCUAACAUUGUCUCCAACCAUUUAAAGGGGGCUCUUACGGUCAUGGGCACGGCUUCGGACCCGGAAGACCAGACAAGUACAUUUCUAGAACGAGCCUUCCGAUUUUACGACGUGAUCACCGCUCUCUCCAACGGCACCCCACCCAUCUCGCCUGCCCCCACGCCCGCAUGUCUACAGCCUUUGGCCCCUCUGGGUGCUACCCCCUUUACGUCCCCUAUGGGCAAUGUCGAUACACUCCUCGGCAUGGCCACGACAUUAUGGCCUAUCAUUCACCGUCUCGCCGGCCUCCGUGCGCUGAAAACCGAGCUAGCCAACGCCGUCCGCACAAAUCAGAGUCCUUCCAAGACCGCUGUCCUCCGCACCGAGCUCGAGUCUACCGCCCAAGCUAUCGAGACCGCCUUAAUCCAGUGGCAACCUCAACUCCCUUCUAAUUUCACACCCGACGAGCUCGACCCGGAUGAUGACGAUGUUUCUUCUGACACCGAUUCAAGAGCAUCCACAGGGUCACCUACUGGCACAGUUGUUACUGUCUACUCCUCUCACAGACUACUAGAUGACUCCGAGCCUAUUACGGCUCCCUCGCCACCAACUUCCGCCGAGCGGCCCAUUCCACAAAAACCCCGAAUCGAAUUACGCCAACCCUCCCGCCAGCACCAAGACCACCCACGCCUCUCUUCGAUCCACCACAAUGCUCAAGCAUACCGCCACGCCGCCCUCGUCUACCUCCACCGCACCAUCCUCUCACGCGCGGAUCUACACCCAUCCACCCGAAUUCAAACCCACGCGCGCCUCGCCUUGUCACACUGUGCUGCUACCGUUCGCCACGGCGGACCCGUCUCCGCACUUCUAUGGCCACUAUUUAUGGCAGCAUGUGAGGCAGUCACGGAAGAGGACCGCGGCUUGGCGGGUAGGGUAUUCAGGGAAGUGGAUCGGAGGCAAGGGAUGCGGAAUAUUGAGCGGGCUUGGGUUAUUUUGGGGGAGGUUUGGAGGAGGGCUGAUGAGAAGAGGGAGGUGUUAAAGGGCAACCGGGAAGGUGGAGAUGGGGGGGAUUAUGGGGUUGCCGAGGAAGAGUUGGGGUUAGAGAUGGAGGAUGACGAUGGUGAAGAGCUAUGGAGGAGGGUAUGUCGGGAGAUGGGAGUAAGCAUUGUUUUUGGGUGA